AUGUCGCGAAGUGGCAGUAAAUCCGAUGCAACGGAUGCCUUUCGAAGUGGAUCUAAUGAAAGUGGAGUGAUGAAAGGAGUAAAUGCUACUGGUGGUGAUGGUGGUGGUAAUCCGGAUGUGGUGACAUUGAAGGAAACUGUGGAAGGACAUACCUGCAGAACGUGUCAAGGUUCUGAUACCGACGAAAUGGUCCAGUGCGACCAAGAACAGCUACGUCAAGAGCAGCUUCAGGAGAAACAACAGCACCAGGAAAUAGCCUUUCAAGAGCAACAACGGCAACAACGGUCGCACGCAGAACAGCUACGAAAGCAGCAACAGAAGCAGUUGGAGAGAGAGCAAAAAUUUCGGCAGUUUCAACAGCAUCAGCGGCAGGAGCAAAUACGCCAGGAGAAUCUUUUGCGACAGCAACAGGAAGAGUUAAAGAAGGAAGCGGAUGCCAUCAAUCGAAGGUGGGAACAGCAGUUGGAAAAGGAGAAAAUUCUACGCCAUCAACAACAACAGCUAGCGAAUGGUCAAAGGGUCAUGCGACGACCGGGAAAUAUAAUUCUGUCCAACCAGAUGCCAGAUCAACAACUCAACCCCCCACCGGAGAAUAUGGAAGAAGGGUUCUGCAGAGAGUCGAUACGUAGGCAUCCUGGUCAAUUCCUACCAGAUGCCCUACCACAGUCGAUGCAGCUUCAUCCGAUAGAAUUGGAUUACCCGCAUAGGUCAGCUGCGAAUCCUAUCGAUAGACAGAGUAGGAGGCAUUCAAUAAACUCUUCUAUUGUGGAUGAUGAUGACCAGUUCCAGCUUUCCCGCUCUCAAGUUGCAGCACGACAAGCAGUCUCCAAAGAUUUACCUACGUUUUCGGGCGAUCCCGAGGAGUGGCCAGUUUUCAUAUCCAUGUACAAUCGAACGACUACGAUGUGCGGAUUUACGGAGGAUGAAAACAUAGUUCGACUACAGAAAAGCCUGAAAGGAAGAGCUUAUGAUGCUGUCAAAAGUCGGCUGAUGCAUUCCGGAAACGUACCUGGCAUUUUAUCAACAUUGAAGAUGCUGUUUGGUCAGCCCGAAGUAAUCAUACAAUCGCUGAUUCGUAAGGUGGGCUCUUUAUCGCCAAUCCGGGAAGACAAGCUGGAAACGCUAGUGGAAUUUGCGGUGAACGUUCAAAACUUCUGUGCCACUGUAGACGCGUGUGGACUGCAGGAGUACAUGUAUAAUGUCACUUUACUACACCAGUUUGUCGGAAAGCUACCACCGUCGCUUAAACUCAACUGGGCACAGCAUCGUCGAACACUGUCAACGGUCAACCUGGCGACCUUCAGUGAGUGGAUUUAUGGCUUGGCGGAAGCAGCGAGUGUUGUUGUAUUCCCCUUGGCAGUUCAAGACGAGAAGCCAACUCGAAAUGCACACGGGAAUAAGAAAGGAAACACGUACCUUAACGCCCAUUCUGAAACCUUUCAUCCUAAAAAGAAUUACAGCAGCGACGUCGAAGAACCACCUACGGCAGAAUCAACAUCGUACCAGGAAGCCUGCCCAAUCUGCAGGAGAAGUUGCAAGUCGGCUGAUAAGUGCAAUCGUUUUCUGGAGCUCUCUAGAGAAUCGCGUUGGGCCGCCGUAAGGGAAUUUGGCUACUGCCGUACAUGUCUGCGCAUCCAUAAAGGAUACUGCAAAGCGAAACCGUGUGGCAAAGACGGAUGCACCUACCGGCACCACGAGCUGCUGCACAACGAUUCGAAGGACAAGCCGAAAAGCACCGGAACUACGGCCAGGCGUGAGCAAUCUCCGCAACCCAGCACUAGCAAGUCUGGAUGCAACACCCAUCAGACAACCGUCAGCUCAGUAUUGUUCCGUUAUCUCCCAGUAGUGUUGUACGGAAACGAGAGAGCAAUACGCACGUAUGCAUUCUUAGAUGAAGGUUCUGCAUUAACGCUGCUCGAUCAGGAGCUUGCUAACGAGCUUCAGCUUGAUGGCACUGUAAGCCCUCUGUGUCUCCGGUGGACUGGAGGAACUGAACGACACGAGGCGGAUUCUCGCAUCUACAAUCUUCACAUUGGUGGUGUUAAGAACAAAAGCAAGAAAUUCCUCUUGAGUGACGUGAGGACGGUGAAAGAGCUACUGUUGCCCCAGCAAACGAUGGACAUGGCUGAGUUGUCACAGUUGUAUCCACACCUCCAAGAUCUGCCGAUCGAAUCUUAUCGCGACGCUCGUCCACGCAUUCUUAUAGGGAUGAAGCACGCCCAGCUCAGUCUUGGCCUGAAAAAUCAUGAAGGGGGAAUCGGUCAACCAAUCGCUAUAAAGACACGCCUCGGAUGGACGGUAUGCGGAGGAUGGGGUUCCGGGAAUGACGCCAACCUACACCAUUACACCUUCCACGUUUGCCCCUGUAGUGUGAAGUCAGACGAGGACUUGCACCAGGCUAUGAAGGACUACUUUUCAUUAGACAGUCUCGGGGUGGCUAAAUCGGAGAAGGUGCUUUUAUCCGUUGAAGAUGAACGAGCAUUUUCAUUGCUUCAGUCGCUGACCCGUCGUAAAGAUAAUCGAUACGAGUCCGGAUUGCUGUGGCGAUACGAUGACACCCGGAUGCCAGACAGUCGAUCAAUGGCGCUGCGUCGAUUGCAGUGCCUAAAGAAACGGAUGGAGAAAGACCCGGAAAUGUCAAAGAUCCUGCAAUCAAAGAUAACCGAGUAUGUGGAGAAGGAGUACAUCCGGAAGCUUACAGACGAAGAAAUCAACCAGAAGAUUCCACGACGCUGGUAUUUGCCAAUUUUUCCCGUAACCAACCCAAACAAACCUGGGAAGGUGCGAAUUGUGUGGGACGCAGCAGCUAUCGCUCACGGCAUAUCCUUGAACUCAGCGCUGGUAAAAGGACCGGAUCUGUUGAGCUCACUUCUCGCUAUUCUACUUCAGUUUCGGGAACGCCGCAUCGGACUGACUGGUGAUAUCCGUGAAAUGUUCCACCAGGUACUGAUCCGAGCCGAAGACCAGUUAUGUCAGUGUUUCUUCUGGAUAGACGACCAUGGAGCCAUAGUAGUGUACGUGAUGCAGGUUAUGACAUUCGGGGCUUGCUGCUCCCCAAGCACUGCACAGUUCGUGAAAAAUACCAAUGCGGAAAGAUUCGCGAACAAAUAUCCAGCUGCAUGCGAAGCUAUCAUGAAGUCUCAUUACGUAGAUGACAUGCUCGUCAGUGUGGAUACAGAAGAGCAAGCGAUCCAGUUGGCGAAAGACGUUAAGCAUGUACACGAGCAGGGUGGCUUUGAGAUCCGAAAUUGGGUAUGUAACUCGAAAAAAGUACUUUCAUCGCUACAGGAGGCAAACACCGACGAAAAAUGUCUCGACUUAUCUUCAGAGCUGGCCACUGAGAAGGUGUUAGGCAUGUGGUGGAACACGAGCGACGACGUCUUUACCUACAAAGUCGGAUGGAGCCGCUACGACCCAGCUCUGCUAGAAGGCCAAUGA